CCAACCGUCAAUCCGUCCGGUCGUCGUCGUGGGGUAGGUUCCGUGCCGGUUUCUGCAGCGUUCAGAAUCCGGUUUUCUUCAGCGCGUGCGACGCGUUUUUUCUUUGCCGUUUUGACAGGAAAUACCUUUGGCGUUUUGGGAUUCCUGUCGCGCCCGGUUGGUUUGAAGAAUCUUGUUAAAACGACAUUUCAUCGUGCAACCAACUUUCCAAGAAAAUCACCAGCAUGAACUCACCGGCCAAAGCUGGUGUGCGUAGCUGAACAAGAAGAAAUAAGUGUGUCUUCACGUUCGAACCGCCAAUUAAACCACAAAAAAGAACAACUCGUUCGUGCUGGACAGCAGCUGCGGCGGUACUCGCUUAUUAUCCUUCAACAUGUGACCUGCUGCUGCUGCAACCGAAACUACAGUGAAGUGCGAACAAAUUAUGACGUCUACGACAACGACCACCGCUGGAAAGUGUACGACUGUUUCAUCCGACAGCAGUGGCGGCGGCGGCGGUCAGCACGGAAGUUCGGCCGUUUCGGCAGAUGAACAAUACUCGCUCGAUUCAUUGAACUCGACCGCCACCGGCGGUGGCGACGGCGAGGAUGUCUACAAUACUCUCUUCACGAAGAAGCUGUCGGCGUCGAGUUUCCUCAACAGUACGCUGCUGCCCGGUGCCUGCGAGGACUAUUGCGGUGGACUGUUGAGUUCGGCCAAGUCGCCGACUAGUCUAACCACCGUCUCCGACCGGCCCAGCGAUUCCAGCUUCGGGUUCCACAAUACGUACGCCCUGCUGGAGCGGCAGCUGGCGAGCAAGAGUUCCGCCGCGCAGCAGCUCCGGGAGUUCCUACAGUACAACGACCGCUACAAAACUCCAGUAUUCUGCGACGCAACUCCACUGGCGUCGCGUGGUCUUAGUGCAAAUUAUUUAAGAAGUAUUACCGAGGAGAGCGAAUCGUUGUCCUCGCGAAGAUCCUCCUCCGUCGCCACCGUUGCCGAUUCGACGACGGACGAAGAUGAACCGCCCAGCUUCCUGGAGCUGGAACUGGAGGCGUCCAGCCGGUUGCGGAAGCUGCGGGAACGACUCGGCAGUAGCACAACGUCCAUCGAUGCGGAUGAUGCGAAAAAAGUGGAAUCCCCGAUGGUGGAAGCACUCUACGGAAUUAGCGCCGAAAGCUUGGCACAAGCCGCUGCCUCGGCGCAAACGCACCCAAAUCCGGAUGUGUUCCUACCAGCCAGCGCAGGACCAGACGACGACGACAAGUCGAGCCAAUCCGGAGAGUAUCCCGAGUAUAUCUACCAUGUAGCGAAAGGAAACGACGGACGCAUGUAUCUGAAAGUGGUUCGCAGUCUUCUGUUGGACAAAGUCCUAUGCGGUAAUCGUGUGAGCCAAAUGACCCGCGCGUACGAUGACAUCGAUGCCGUAACGCGCCUGCUGGAGGAAAAGGAGAAGGACCUGGAGCUGACGGUCCAGAUCGGGAAGGAGCUGCUGACGCAGAACACGCACCUCGAGAGCCGGGUAGCCGAGCUGGAGCAGGAGCUGAGGAACACGAACGAGAACCUAUCGCAGCUCGCCCACGAGCUGCACCAGAAGAACGAGCUGAUCGGCAUCCUCACCAACGACGUGGACGACAGCGGCAGCGAGAAUGUCACGCCCACCACGUCCAAGUCGAUCAACCUGGAGCUGCUGCAGCGCAAGGUCAAAUCGCUCGAGGAUGAGAACAAAUCGCUGCGCUGCGAGGCCGCCCAGCUGGUCCAGGAGACGGACGAGGUCGAGGAGCAGGAACGGCGGCUGAUGGCGGACAUCGCGAACCAGCUGAGCACCGCCAACAGCGAGUACGAUGGACUGAAUUUGGAGCUGGAACGACUGAAGGAGGAGAACCGGCUUCAGCAUGAGAACAUUAUCAGCUUGACGUCGCGGCUGACUGAGGCCGAGAUUCGGUUGCAUCAGCUGACAACGGAGAACGAGGAGGCGUCCUCGCUGCUCAGUAUUACCAAAGAGAACCAGAACCUGCUAGCGAGCGAGCUGGCUGAGUUUAAGGCACGGUAUCAGGAGGUCCUAAAUUUGCUGCACGAAACGCAAGAGCAGCUGCGGAAGCAGAGGAAGCGAUCUGCACCGAUGGCGCGUAGUUCGUUGAUACCGGGCAUGGGCGGAGUGCCGGCCGUGGACUCGCUUCAGUCGGAACUGAUGGAAACGUCGCUCUAUUCGGAGCACAGUCUGGACUCGGGAAUUGCCUCGGAACGGGGUGGCCCAUCGUCACACAUGGCUUCGUACAAAAAGGUCUUCGAGACGGUUCGUUCGGCGACCCGAGCCAAUACGACGGGCUUCAGUGAUGGCUACUCGCAGCUUGGGUCGAUGACGAUGAGUUCUUCGUCGCAGCCACGGAUGGCGCCGUACGUUUUCCCUGGAGCGACGGGUGGAACCACGACAACGCACUCGUACAAGAGUGGUUCGUCCAUCUACAGCACAAUGUACGAAAGUUCGUUGGGCGGUCGUAGCUUCUCGCGCGAGAGUUUGGUCUCCGAGUCGGAAGACGGCUACCCAGGGCCAGCACAAGCCGGAAUACCCGGCGCACCCGGUGCCAAAGACCUCGAGGCUGCUCUGAAACGCCUGACGCCUGCUGAAGUGCUCGCCCGAAGGGCAAUGCUUCAGCACGCUCCGGCCGGAACCUACAGCUACGAUGACCAGCCUAGUGGAAUCCCGCUCGGUUGUCGAACCCCGGACAGUAUCAUGUCCACCGGUUCGUCUGGCCUAUCCGGCAUGUCUUCGACUCAGUGGCGUCUCCCGGAGAAGCUGCAGAUCGUCAAGCCCAUCGAGGGUUCCCAAACGCUGCACCAUUGGUCACGCCUAGCAACGCCCACCCUGAGCGGUCUCCUGGAGGAACGUCCCGGCGUAACGAUCCGUGGUGGACGCGGCCUGGACGACCUAGGUCUCCAAACCUACUCCCUCUCGGACGUCGAAGAAGACGCCGAAGAACACCCCGGCAAGCGCUUCCAAUCGUUCGGCUGCACGUACACCUUCACCAACAGCACCGUGAUGCACCCCGAUGACGGAACCACCGCCGUCACCUUCAGCCUUCCCCCGUCCCAAAUGUCCUCGCAGAUGGCAUCGGCGGCGCCCUCGCGGCAACCCUCGGCUCCAUCCACACCCCGGUCUGGCCUGUCGCGGCGGAACUCCUGCUCGACGUUCUCCGUCAACCUGGGGCUGGCAUCGAUGCUGAACGAACGGGGCAUCAAGGCGGUGACACCGAGUGCGCUCAACACCCCCGCCGGGCCAAACUUUUCGCCCACGGUCACACCCUGCAACAGUCCCGAGGGUUCCCCAACCCGCUCGAUGUCUCCGGAGCCCCCACUCCUGUCCGGCCUGCUCGCGUCCGGCGCGGACAUUCUGCGCAAAAAGUUCGCCGUCGCUUCCUCGUCUCCGUCGUCCAGCUCAGUGGACAUGGAGCGGCCCUCGCGGCUAACGGCCCGCAACAAGCUUGCGCUCACACGGCUCGAGAAGAAGGCGCUGCGCUCGAUCAAGAUCAUGGAGAAGGUCGAGAGCAUGGGCGUGGACAACUUUAUGCACCACGGCGGCCACGGAAUAAGUCCGCUGGCGCUGCACGGCUCAUCAGCGCUUUAUACGUCGACGGUGCGCGGCCGGACCUCCAGUCCGAUGGCGCAGCUGACCAGCUUGAAGCACCUGCAGGACAACCGAAAGCAGCAGCAGCAGCAACAGGACGAGCUGCUGAUCGACAAGGAAACCAUCAAGAAGGUGCUGUACAAGGGACUCUCGCACGACGGGUUGAAGAGUCUUUCCUCCGCUGCGAGUGACGCGUCCGGUUCGAGCUCGUCCAGUUCGGGCGUGUACCCGGACAGCGAUAGCGGUUCGUCGGCCAGCGUGGGUGCCGUGAAGGCGGCGGCGCCACCAGCACUGAAAGGUAGGACGGAAAAGCAGGAAACGUCGACUUCGGCGGCCCGGCUCAAGCAAAUGCAACGGCAAAAGAGCCGCCGGAGUUUGCUGAACGGCGCCAACGGGUCGCAGCGGCCCGAUCUGGGCACGGUCAACGGGUCGUCCGGUCGGCCCGGUGUGCGGCCGGAUCUCGGUACGGUAGGUGGAGCAGCUGGUAGCAAUAAGACUAAGAGCAAUAGCAAGACGGAAGCGACGACGGCCUCGGCGGCCGUUCCGGUCCCGGAGCAGAGCCGCUCGCUCGGACAGAGCGUGUACGGCACAAUCAGCUCGCUACUGUUUGGACGCAAGGGAGGACUCCUGUAAGAGAGAGUGAGAGUGGCACAAACGAUUAUUGAUUGUGUGUUGGCGAAAUUAGCUUCUUGUGAGAAAGCGAAAGUUUAUUUGUCUGUUUUAAGAUUAUACUAUUGUGCUACACCUUUUCUAUUUUAGUGCAUGCAAUUUAUUCUGCACAAACCCUAAAUUUGCCUUCUAAUGUAACAGUUUACACCUAACGCAUCACAUUUACGGAGAAGUAAAUGAUUCAUUGCAUCAAUCUGCUUUUUUUCUUUUUUUCUUUUUAUUCUAAAAGACACCGCAAAUUGCUCUCUUUUCUUGAUAUUAAAACAAACCUAUUUGCUUUUACCCUUCUGAAAUACCUUUUCACACUGCCGGAAACGAUCAGUAUCAUUUUCAGUUCUUACCAAACAUCGAAUAGUAACAUUUCGUUAGACUGUUUUUUAAACUAGCAUAAAUUUUGAACAAACAAACAUGCUAAAACAUUCCAGUGGGACUCACACACGAUUAGGGUUAGAAAAACGAUUUCCUUCCCACUGUUUUCUUGUCUUCUUCCCUUGAAAUGCAUUUUCCAACUUUCACGCGCUCUCUGCCUCUGUUGCUUUUUCUCUAAAUACUAUUGAUAUCAAUGAAGAGUGAGCGAUUUGUUUGUGUCCUAAUGUUCGAAACUUUCGCACCCACUUUAGCUUAUUUGUUCAAUUUUAAUCAACGACCCUUCAACGACAGCAAGAAUAUAUCAUCAGUCUAACUUAUUUGUAAUAAUCCACAAAAUUUUUGAAAACAAAUUCUAGAAAAUAAUUUCUGUGAUAAAUUGCCAAAAUUCAUCGAAAUCCAUCGUUGUAAUAAUUUUCAAUUUAAAAGUUCUACUGUUAAUAUAUUACUUGCUUAAGUCUAAUUUGCCUCAUUUCACCUAGCACUCAAAAGGAUAAUAAAAAAUCUCCCCCACAAAACCAGACUCACGAAACUAGAUAUUCUUCCUGUUUAGUAUCCGAAGCAGUUUUGAAAUUUAAAUGUGUCACUUUUCUUUGAAAAGAACGCUUCAAAUAAUCGGACGUAUUUCAUGUAAUCACAAUUAUUUUCCUAACCUCUUCUGAGGCGCCACUUUGACUCUCAGUAAAUAUAGUGACAGAGAGCAAUCUCAAAACUCUCUUUGGCGCUAAAAUCUCUCUCUCUUUUUUUUUGCAAAAUAUCUCUUUCUCGGAACUUUUGCAGCUUGAGAAGAGAAACUCUCUCUCCAGGAAUUUCUUUUCUUGCUCAAUCUCAGAAUUCUCAGAUACUCUCUUCUUCAAAUUCUCUCUUUAACAUUAAAUUUCCCAAUGUCAAAAUGAUUAUAUGAAAUACACCCGCAAAAACACUGAAAACAUAACCUCAAAUAAGUCACCAGUUCCGGGCCUUUCCGCGAAAGGCUCGUGCCAACCGCGAGAGUGACUCAAUCUGCUAAAAGAUGCCCACGUUCAGGAGUCAAAUUUGUCGUGAGUUCUGGACCGUAGACUCCCAGCUCGCUCCGCGCGGCUUGCGCCAGGCUUUGUUUUUGCUUGUUCUCACCAUCACCACCACCUUACUUGUAUAUCUUACUUUUCUUUUGCGAGAAAAUCACACUAAGAUAAAUCUUGUAGAAUUUUCUAGUGGCGCGAGCGCGCACGCAGUGCAGCUGGAAGUCAAAGAUUGUGUAAAGAAAUGGGAGAUUAUUUGACCUUUUACACCAACUUUGUGCUAUACUUUUUGAUCCCGAAAUUGCUGCAUUUAAAAAAAAUUGAAUAAUAAAUUCACUCUUCGGAAGAAUCGCGUUUCUUCUCUCUUCUGCAGCUUUUGUAGCAAAUUUUGAAAUGAGAGAAAUGUUUUUCUUAUGAAGUGAGAUUCAACUCUCUCUCUCUCCGUCAGAAAUAUGGAUCUCUCUCUUCAGAGUCUUUGCUCACUCAGAUUUUUCCUUUUUGGUAAAGAGAGAAGAGUUCUGUCGGCAAAAGAGUAUGGAAAUGCGAAUCAGUAGGAGAGUUCUUAUGACUUCUCUCUUUUUAAAAAUGUAGCAAAUGGGGUUACUAGACUUGAUCCUAUUUUGUCCCAAAAAAUUACUCGCGAGAGUUAGUGACUGCUUUUGUAGCGUAAAACGUGCGUAGCUAGCGCUAGUUGCCGAUAGUUUCUUAUUUCCCUUUAGUCUAUUAUAUAUCAAUACUGCUAAAGUUAUCAUACUGGUACUAAUUUUCUACAUAAUCAACUAUCUAUCCUAUAUACCUUUAAUUUUUCGCCGUUAUUUGCCUUUCCCUUACACGGACUUCAAUUCAUCUGUAAAAUGGUGCUCUUCAAGCUAAACCAGCUAGAAGCAAAUAAUAAUAACAGACAAACACACACAUUAUACCUAUUGCUAUCGUUACUUUUUAGUUUGAAAACCUCCCCAAAAAACAGCCAAGUUCCUCCCUUCGCUAACCGAAACUGGGCGCAAACAGCCUUUGAAGCAAAAAAAAAACAUUAACACAACAAAAGAAUAAUGCUAAGAUUGUGUGUGUGCGUAGAGAGGCGUAGCCGAGCAGGAAUAAAAAAAAGGUGUGUAAAUAGAAGAAAAGUUACAGAAACUAAGUAAAAAUUAAUCGAUUCAAAAAUUCUGAACACGAUAACACAAAAAAAACAAAAGUAAGAAAACAAAACUGUAGAUAUAAUAAUUUAACUAGUUGAAUGGAGCGCGAGAGGAAACUACGACAACAACAACGGCAAACACAAUAACAGUAAGUAUUUAUUUUUGUAUGACAACGACUAAAAAUGCGUAAACCGCACAUUGUACUUGUUGUCGUGAGAAGGCAAAUAGAGUAACUUCUCGUUCUCCCAUUUGAGCAGAAAAAGAGAGUGUUUUCUUACGGAAUAGAAUGCUUUUAUUUUGAGCAACUGUUACUUAUUCAUCACAACUUACAGAUCAACACUAACACACACAAGCGCGCGCAUUCUCUCAACGCGAGUAGAAAUAGAAGCACACACACACAUACACAAUUCAAUUCUUAACUAUAACCUAUUCAACCUUUUAUGUUUAAAAGAAUAGUUAAAGUACAGAGAAGCAGCAGCCUAAAUUGGUAGAUUUUCUUUUUGUUGUUUACCAAAACAGUGGCGAACUUACAAAUUAUAAAGUGAUCUGCGGAAAGCUUAACUUUAGCAGACUAUAACGUAAAGAGAAAAGGUAUACAUACACAACAAAUACAAAACACACAGACACACACACACAUUCAUAAGCAUACUGAGAGGUACAGAAAAGCAGAGAGAGAAAGAUAUAGGAAUGAUGAUCAACUGAACAGAGAAAGUGUAUAGCUAACAAAAGAGAAAAGAGUAACA